AUGGAAGGAGAGCCCGAGGCUGAGCCAGGGGCUGGGGAGCAGCUGGAGCACCAAAGGCAACGUGCAGAGGACGAGUGGAAGCUCUGGCAGGGAGGACAGGUCAGGAACACGCUGCACCUGGUCUCCGCCGUGGCUCAGUGGAUUUUACUGCUUGCCUGCCUGAUUUACCUGGGUCUACAUUUUCUGCGGCCCUCGAAGACCCAGAGUGACAAAGUGCUGUGGACCCACAUCCGCUACACAGGUGAAAGCGCGGAAGGAGCAGCCGUGAACCUCACUGCGGAAUUAGGGCCCAUCCAGGUCAGGAACGGCUCCAUCCUGGUCCCCUGCGACGGCCUGUACCUCGUGUCCCUGAGGAGCUCCAUCUUCCUGCAGAGGGCCGGCGUGGAGCUGAAGCUGUCCCUGCAGGUCACACAGAAGACCAUCAGACAUGUGCCGUGGGAGGAGACUUUCCAGGGCAAUGAGAGCAGGGUGAACCUCAGCACAGUGCUCUACCUGUUCGAGCAGGACAGCAUCACGCUGUGGACCAGCUCCAACGCCAACAUCUCGGACCUGACCUUUAGCCUGGUGUUAGUAGGCGAGAACAAGUCCUAGCUGCAGGAGCUGAAGAGCAGCACGGAAAGCACAGCCUUCCCCACCGAGCUGUAGGUUUUCUACUUGUACAGGCAGGUUGCUCCAGAACCCCUCCGUGGGGCUGUGGAGGGCUCGGUGGGAGUGCAGAUGAACCACAGGUUUUAUAUAGUGCAUGCAGGAUUCGCCUCUUUGGAGCUCUCUGCAGCUGAUUUGCUACCCAGGAUGGAUCUUUCCAGCACUGGGGAAAGGGAUGCGUGAAGCUCUUGAGAAGAACAGAAAUGAAAACCAAAGAAAGUCACCCAAGCUUAGCUCAUAUUCGGAGAAACCCUGGGUUUCCCUAUUUACUUAACAGUAUGUGCAUAUAGUAGAAAUGUGUUGUGUUUUUUCUCAAAUAAAAGUCUGGUGAGUCAGGAAGAUACCUCAAGUGUCUUGAAGCCCCUUGGAGUGGGAGAAGCACAAAUCUGCCCAGCAAGAUGGCAAAGAGGGAAGAGGCAGCAGGAGAUGCCUUUGGAGCGAGCCAGAUAAAGGCUGUGUGAGAGGGAAGGGCCGUGAGAGAAGGUGGUGUUUGGAAAUGAGCUGACAGGACUGCACUGGGCAGCAGGAGCACUGGCUGUGGAGUUUUGGGGAGCAGCCUUUGAGAGCGGAGCCCCACUGGGGCUGUUCCAGCUGUCUGCAGACUACUGAUGCCCAUCUGCUGGGACAUCCACCUCUUGAGAUGUAAGGCCUCAGAGGAGAACCUCCUUCAAGCACGCACACGCUGGCUUGACCCAAAAGUGAUCCAGGCACACAAAAAGUUGGGCAAACUUGUGGUGAGCUCUCUCUAACGGGCCAAGGGGAAGCUGCAGGUCUGCUGUGCAGCCUUUCCUCAGGGAGGACUAGGAUGGUUCUCAUGACUGCCCUUGGCUUUGUCCCACAGGUGUGCUCCAGAGGUUCCCAGGCACGGCCUCCACGGGGCACAGCACACCUGCCUGGCUGCUGCUGCAGUCAGACCUCUCUCAGUGACCCGGGGCUGCUCCUGCCUGCUCUCAUUGCAGCUGCUGCAGACAGGUCCUGCCCAUGCUGCAGGCAGCCCCUGACCCCAGCACAGCCAGCAGCUGGGGGGUUUUUGCUUGCAGCAAAGGCAGAUUUUAACUACGUGUCAGUUUUUGACCUUGUGUCUCCCAAGGAACUCCAUCAACGUUUCAGCGUGUCGCUGCUGGCUGCACACUCCAGUGACAAAAGUCUUCUGUCAGAAGUAUUUAUGUAUUUAAAUGAUGGGCAUAAGAAUGUUACCCCAGAUUGCUCAGAAACACUGGGAAGGGUUCAGAGCAGGUUGUCAGCACCAAACUCCUCUUUGAAAAUGCUUCCAAUGCUCUGGGCUGUUCCUGCUUUGCAGGACUGAUGCACUCAUGGCUGCGCACUCCAGCAGGCUCAGGUGCUACAGGCAACUAAGGACAUUCUGCAGGCCUUGCAGAGCUUUCCUGGGCUUUAGGCUAAGGAGCUUCCCUACCUGGGCCAGGCCAGAGCCUCAGGGGAAACUGGCUGAAGCAGUCAACUCAUGUAGUGCCAAGAAGCAGCUUCUCUCCCCUCAACUGAGAAGCUGUGGCUGACUUGCACCCACAGGAUGCUCAUCAUUAAGGGAUAUUUUGGGCUUUUAUCUCACCACCAGGGGAACUGAAGGCAGCUGCACCCUGCCCCGAGGCUGGGGAUUGUCACUCCCCAGCAGAAGUGAGAACGUGUUUCUCUUCCUAAAAAAUAAUACAUUUUUCCUUUGCAACAUUUGGGCUUGUAGUGUCCCUUGGAGGCAGAGGCUGGUGGAGAACAGCUCUAUUCAGCCAGGCCAGUGCACCCAGUGUUUAGGCCACCCCUUGAAGAAGCUUCAGAAAUUUGCAUUUUCCUACGCCCUUUGUACCAUGGCAGAGGUUUCUUAAGUAAAAGGUUAAGAUUCAACAAAUAAUUCUACAAGCUAAAAUUUAAGUGCUUAAUUCAUUUUGUUAACUCAAGUGAACUCCAAAAAUCUCCAUUUCAAGUGCACCCAGGGUUUAGGCCACCCCUUGAAGCCAGGGCUGGGGAAGUGCAAGGCUGGACCAGGCAGUUGCUGACUACAGAGGGGCAGCACAUUCUUUUUCCUGCGCUUCCAGUCACGGAAAGGAGACCUCGUGGUGUGUCCUCUGUGAUGGAUGAGUAAUUGACUCUCACAAUUAACAGACAAAUAUCAUGAAUAUUGACAAAUAUCAUGUAUAUAUGUUAAGAAAAGUCUUAUAGAUUUAUAGUUAUGUUCUACGCCCUUGCGUUGUUACCAAGGGACAGCCGCGGUUGGGACAUUUGGGAGGGUCGGCUUGUCACUAUGGUGACAUCUGACCUCCAGUCAGGAUUUAAGGAAGUGAUCUCCACCACUGGGCAGCGAAGAAGGAGUCGAUGGACUUUGGGAGGGGCUAAAGGGUUAAAAGGCGAAGCCUCCGUUCUGUGCUUGAGCACACGGUGGGAAAAGUCCUCUGCUCCCAGCGCUGUAACAUUUUCUCUAUUCAGCCUUCUGUUGUAUUUUUGAUAAGGUUUAAUAAACCUUUCUAAAUUU